AUGCCAGGCCACCUAAAAUCUCUCAAAUUCUGGAAGAGCAAAUCCAAACCUGCUUCCGCCCCCAUCACAAUAGAAAAGCCAUCCCGCACACCAACAACAUCAUCAAAAGACAUCACCAAACCACCCAUCAAAGUCCAAACCACCCCUCUCGACCCAACACAACGCGGCGUCCCAGUACGCCCAACCGUCAACCCAGCCUACUCAGCCUACUCCACACCCGUCGACACAAAAUGGGCCGAGUUCCCUAGCACGCAAAGACCACUUCCUGACGAAGAGAUCGCCAAGGCAGUGGAGGAGGGUGAUCUAAAAGCGGAGGAGGCGGCGCGGAGAAAGAAGGCGGAGUUGGAAGAGCAGGAGAGGUUGGAUUUUUUUCAGAUGAUGUGA